GCGAUAUUAAUUUUCAAGGUGAAGGUUAUAAUGAAGCUCAUAAUAAUUUUCAAGAAGGUACUUCGUCUAAUAUUGAAAGUCAUAAUGAGGAUAAUUAUGAAAGUAUUCAGGAAGAUAAUAAAAGUAUUCAGGAAGAUAGUAUUCAGAAAGAUAGUUCGUCUCAUACUGAAAAUCAUGAAGAGGUUUAG